AUGGCUUUCCAAUCCUCCUCCAGCAUCGCCAUGGCCCUUGCUGGCAAGACGGCCUCUGUCGAUAUCCCUCAGUCUCGUUCGGGCUUCACCUCCGGUAGUCGUGAUCCUUCCCGCUUAGGACAGCCGGCCCUGCUCCCGACUCCUCCCAACUCCAUCUCUCCCAAUCUUGCUCCUCACGCUUUCAAGCACCGAGCGGCCGACAUGCCUGGCUCUCCUCGCUCCGGGUCGCACCUCGAUUCUGAUAUCGACCUGGGAGACGCCGUCGAACAUGCCGAUGCUCGGGGUGAGUCCCAGUCGGCUCACGACCUCGAUAGCGUCGGUGCCAUCACUCCAGGCAUGCUGGCCAAAUACCAUCUCCCCGAGAUUAUGCUUCACCAAGGUCCUUUGGCCAUUCGCCACGUCAUGGGCUUUCUCACAACGUCCGUCCCCGGCUUCUCCCGCAUUCCGCCGGCCAAGGCACGAAGACUAGUCGUGGCCGCCCUAGAAGGUCGGGGAAGUGAAGCAGAGGGCGGUGGCCCAAAAGGUGACGUCGUCUUUGAAAAGGUCGGAUGGGGUCGAUGGGAUGCGCGACGUCGAGGCGAGCCCUCGCGGGAUAGCCGCCAUCUGAAUGUGUCGCCACCCUCCAGUCUUUCGAAUUCUUUCCAAUCACGCGGUAUGCAGAUCCCGCGUAAUUCUACGAGAGAUAAUUUGAGUCCCUAUGGGACCAGUAUGGCCGGUGACUCUGCCGUUUUCUCCUACACGGAAACUCACUACGGUGGGCCCGACAUGCUUGAGGACGAAGCGGACAAGAUGUCUCUAGAUGGUGACUAUUGCUCCUCGUCCGAAGCACCUGAAGACGAGGUCCGAGACGAGGACUGGGGAGAGGAAGACGUCACGGAUGAGGAAGAUUGGGCACAAAUCGGUGCCGACGCCCUCCGAGCUCGAUCGAUGAAUGGAGCCAGUGGCUUCGUUCCGAACCAUCUGAAACAGCCACCCCAGUUGCGGGGCGGCGGUCCUGCCUCAUCAACGUUGGCAAAGUCGGCACCACAAAACACUCCUAUUCAACAAAUUGGGUUCUCCGUUCCUGCCGGCAUGGUCGGCGACCAGGAGGAGCGUGCCGCCGUUGAGGCGCUGUUACGACUUGGAUCGAUGUAA